GAAGUACAUACGGGGGGCGCUUUGGUCCAUCAAUGCCGGCAAUAGGUCUGUGUAGCGCAGGGCAAAAAGAGUAUGUGAUAGUCACAAAAUUUCGUCGCGUUGGCUCUUAUUUAUUGAAAACCGAGAUUGCUCAUUAACCUACAAACCAAGUAAAGGAUAUUUGCGUUUUGAACUCUGCUAUGAUUUCCCUUAACAACGUGUUGAGCCUGCAAGGUCAGGCUGUGCUUCCUCUGAGCCACAUUGCUUCAGUUGUUGCUAGCCUGAAGAAAGGCAGCUCAAAGUCAAGCAAAAGUUUACAGCGAAAGCAAACUGCCGACAUAAAUGUUGUUUGCAUUGAAAGCUUUAACAAUGUGCUGUCCUGGCUUCCUGAGUCUUCGUUACAAGACAUUGCACGUCUGCCAGGACUUACAACUUUGUGCAAAGAGCUAGCAUUCACUGCACCUUCUUCACAGAAAAGGAGUAGACACCCCUGGGUUGUUUCUCACUGCUCCACAAGUUCCUUCUUUGAAAACAAACAUGGGUUUAAGAGACAGUUCUUAUCUGGUGGUGCAACCAGCCGGAUUUCUCUGUCACGCUGCCAGGACCACAUUCCAUCACCGUUACUGCAAGCAGCACGCCUUACUCAGGUUAGAGGUUUCAUGACGAAGCACGCAAGAGUAGAGACGACAUCGUUAAUAGGUGUGAAGGCUCCGGACUUCAAUGAACGAUUUUUGAGUCUACGAGGGAAGAAAGAUAAGGAAAAGCAGAAAGCUCAUUCUGAAAUAGAGCACAAUGAGAAACUGAAAGCACUGCUUUUAGAAGACAGCCUCACACAAGAAGAGCAGCAGCGGCUUCGAGUAGCUUUUGCCGAGGGGUACUUAGCAUGUGAUCCGAAGUCAAGAACCAGUACCAAAUUGCGAGUCUUCAACGUGUUCCGAGACUUGCUAGGAAUCAUCCUCAUCCUAGCCAUUCUCUUCUCCUUCAUGGGUGAGCUCUCUGGUGGUCCAUUCAGAAGAGUUUUAAUAGGAACUACAAAUGAGGUUCUUCCAGAAGAUAUUGAUGUCACCUUUGAUGAUGUGAAAGGGGUAGAGGAAGCAAAACAGGAGCUUCAGGAGAUCGUAGAAUUUCUAAGAAGCCCUGAGAAGUUCUCUUCACUUGGUGGAAAACUACCAAAAGGAGUGUUGCUGGUUGGACCGCCUGGAACUGGCAAAACACUGCUUGCUCGUGCAGUAGCAGGGGAGGCCAAUGUUCCAUUCUUUCAUGCUGCUGGUCCAGAAUUUGACGAAAUCCUUGUAGGGCAAGGUGCACGGAGAGUUCGUGACCUCUUUCACACUGCCAAAACAAGGGCUCCAUGUGUAGUUUUCAUUGAUGAAAUUGAUUCUGUGGGUGCCAAGAGGACAAACUCAGUACUCCACCCAUAUGCCAAUCAGACCAUAAACCAGCUCCUCACUGAAAUGGAUGGGUUCAGGCAAAAUGAAGGAGUUAUUGUAUUGGGAGCUACAAACCGAAGGGAUGACCUUGACAAGGCACUUCUGCGUCCAGGCCGUUUUGACGUGGAAGUUCAGGUGCCAGUUCCUGAUCUCAAUGGUCGAAAGGAGAUCUUGCAGCUGUACCUGGGCAAGGUUAAGACAGCUAAGGAUGUGAACGUGGACGUCAUGGCUAGAGGCACUACGGGGUUCACCGGAGCAGAUCUUGAAAACGUCGUAAACCAGGCAGCAGUGCGGGCAGCAGUUGACAAUGCCGAAGCUGUUUCAAUGCCGUACCUUGAAAAUGCGAGGGAUAAGGUCCUCAUGGGUCCUGAACGUAGGUCAAGAAUUCCAGAUGAAGAAGCAAACCUCAUCACAGCAUACCAUGAAGGAGGCCAUGCCUUAGUAGCUCAUUACUCCAAAGAUGCUAAUCCUCUUCACAAGGUCACCAUUGUGCCCCGGGGUCCAUCGCUUGGUCAUACUGCCUACAUCCCUGAGAAAGAGCAUUAUCAUGUAACAAAAUCUCAAAUGAUGGCAACACUGGAUACCCUGAUGGGAGGCCGAGCAGCUGAAGAACUCAUCUUUGGUCAAGAUAAGAUCACAUCAGGUGCCUCGAGUGACCUGAAACAAGCGACUGCGCUGGCAACUAACAUGGUCAAGGAGUGGGGAAUGUCUGAUAAGGUUGGCGUAAGGACCUUUGACGAAGACCAAAAGUCUCUCAUUGUUGUGAACGAGCUUUCACCGGGUACAGUGGAGGUCAUUGAUGCUGAAAUAAAGAGGUUUCUGCAUGAAUCUUAUGAGCGAGCCAAAAACAUUUUGAAGAUGCACCAAAAAGAGCAUCGGGUGCUCGCAGAGGCCCUGCUGAAGUAUGAAACCUUGGAUGCAGAUGAUGUCAAGUUGCUGCUCAGUGGGAAAGACCUUACAGACAGAAAAAGAAGGCGAAGAGGACUGGGGCCGUUGCCAAACCAAGCCUGAGGUCAGCUGCUGCUGGCUUGCCAAGAUCAGAUUGGCUUGAUAUGAAGUCCAGAAGAUCAUCUACCAACUGCCAAUAAUAUGGACAUUUCAGCAAUGACGAAAACCCUUACACUUGUUAAUAUUUAAAUAAUAGGGUGGGUGGAGCAUAUUUACAAGAGAAUUUUUCUGCACUCAUCACAUGCAAUUUCAGUCAAUGGCGUGCAGAAAUCGUCACACAUGCAGAAGUGUGUACGGUAGGUUAUACAGACAUGAUUAUGUAAUGUACCGCUAGCUACUGUAAGUAACUUUUUUUUUUUUUCAAUUCACCUGAAAAGCAAUGCCAACAUUCUUUCCAUACUGGUAGGCUGCUUCUUGGAUUUCUGCGUCACCUCCUCCCAAUAUGGAGACCUGAAAAUUGAAAGCGAUUGAAAUGUGUUUCGAUUAAAAAUCAUUGCAUUAUCUAGGUGCACAUUAAGUUGUGCAUGUGCCACAUGGCCAUAAGCAGAUGACAACGUUAUGUUGAAUGACAUCCGUUGUAUUCUGCAAAAAAACCUGUUUGAAUUUGGUUGUUUUCAUGUCGCUAGCGGAAUCAGUAACACUGUUAACUCUGCAAGUAGGUUGCAAAGAAGAAGGUAGCAAUUGUGAAAGUUGUUAACCCAUCAGUGCCAGUUUGCGAUGAUAAACAAAUUUGUCCAGGUUGCUCA